AUGGAAGAGGAAGAGGAUGCUAUCUCAAUAAAAGAGGAGGAAGAGGAGACUGAAGAUCUGAUUAACACCGGAGAGAGACCAGACUCUCACUCUGACAGUGGGAAGAGUCCUUCAGGGGAACCAGGCCCAGAGACAUCCAAACCAGCAAGACCACACCACUGCGGAAAGAGAUUUAUCCAGUUAGGACACCUGAAAGAACAUAAGAAAACACACACAGGGAAGAAGCAGUACCACUGCUCCCAUUGUGGAAAGGGGUUUGGACAGUCAGGGAAUCUAAAAGUGCAUGAAAGAAUACACACUGGAGAGAAGCCAUAUCAAUGCUCCCAGUGUGGAAAGGGUUUUUACUCAGCAGGGGACCAGAAAAAACAUGAGAGAAUACACACAGGUGAGAAGCCAUAUCAAUGCUCUCAGUGUGGAAAGGGUUUUUACUCAGCAGGGGACCUAAAAAAACAUGAGAGAACACACACAGGGGAGAAGCCAUAUCAAUGCUCCCAUUGUGGAAAGGGUUUUUACUCAGCAGGGGGCCUUAAAAUACAUGAGAGAAUACACACAGGUGAGAAGCCAUAUCAAUGCUCCCAGUGUGGAAAGGGUUUUUACUCAGCAGGGCACCUGAAAAUACACGAGAGAACACACACUGUUGAGAAGCCAUAUCAAUGCUCUCAGUGUGGAAAGGGUUUUUACUCAGCAGGGGACCUGAAAAUACAUGAGAGAACACACACAGGUGAGAAGCCAUAUCAAUGCUCUCAGUGUGGAAAGGGUUUUUACUCAGCAGGGGGCAUGAAAAAACAUGAGAGAACACACUUAGUAGAGAGGCCUUUCCAAUGCUCUCAGUGUGGAAAGAGAUUUAUUCAGUCAUGGCGUCUGAAAAAUCACAAGCGAACACACACAGGAGAACAACCAUUCCAAUGCCUUCAGUGUGGAAAAAGCUUUUCCCGUUUAGGGAACUUGAAAACGCAUGGGAUGACACACACAGGAGAGAAGCCGUUCCACUGCUCCCUGUGUGGAAAUAGUUUUACCCAUUUAAAGACCUUGAAAAUGCAUGCGAUGACACACACAGGAGAGAAGCCUUACCACUGCUCCCAGUGUGGAAAGGGUUUUAGACUAUCAAGUAAACUAAAAGUGCAUGAAAGAAUACACACCGGCGAGAAGCCAUAUCAAUGCUCCCAGUGUGAAAAUAGAUUUGUCUCAUCAGGGGACCUGAAAUCACAUGAGAUAACACACUUAGUAGAGAGGCCUUUCCAGUGCUCUCAGUGUGCAAAGAGUUUUACCCGGAGGAGGAGCCUGAAAAAACAUUUGAGAAGACACACAGGGGAGAAGCCCUAACACUGCUCAGACUGUGGAAAGAGAUUUAGCGAGCUUAGGGACCUGAAAAAGCAUGAGAUGACACACAGGAUAGAAGCCUUUCCAAUAAUCUUAGUGUGGAAAGACAUUUUCCCGGUCAGAGGACAUGAAAUCACAUAAGAGAUUAGAGGCUGUGUUCUGUGGUCCUCUGUAGCUCAGCUGGUAGAGCACGGCGCUUGUAACGCCAGGGUAGUGGGUUCGAUCCCCACUUGACUGUAAGUCGCUUUGGAUAAACGUGUCUGCUAAAUGGCAUAUUAUUAUUCUGAUUUAUAGUGUUGACAAAGUAUGAAAAUCAAACUGUGUAUGAAAAAAUAGGCCUACUUUUUUUAAAAUAUAUAUUCUAAAAUUAGAAUAUAUUUUACAUGUAUUUGAUUUUUGAUUGAUUGUAUAAACCCUUAUGUGUUCAUUAUAUGAUUUGGAUAUUGUUAUUUAAAAACGUAAAUUAUUUAAUGAUUCAUGUUCUUGAUUCUAACCUUGGAACCUCUUGAAUUUAGACGUUGUGUUUCAUUGAGUUCAUUUUUGUAGUAGUCAUCAAGCUAAAGGUGUAUGAUAAUUUGAUGACAUUGUUCUGAUAACAACAGUUGUUGACAUUAAAAA